GAGAAUUAAUAAAAUUGUGAUAUGGGUCAAUGCUGGUCCAAGCAGAGUGGCUCCAAUUCUGUUCUAAUUUCCUAUUUGAAUGCAUAGUUUAUUCUCUAUAGACCUGAUAUAAAGUCAAGCAUCCUCAGUUGUAAAGGUGCUCCUACCCUUGAAUCACCAGAUAAAGCACAGUUUCAUAUAAGCAAUUCCAGAGAGAGAGAGGGAGUUACUAGAUAUGGCUUUUGACAUCCCAUCUUAUGAUCCAUCAGAUGAUGACUAUAUAGACAUGGAAAUUGGUUCAUACACCAACUUUCUCUGCGACUCCAAAAGCUCUCCGCGCCAAUCCAGAGAGUUCGAGUUUCAAAUGUCUAUGAAUUCUCGGGGGAGAGAACCGACGACUUCUCCAGCUGAUGAGCUCUUCUACAAUGGGAAGCUUCUUCCCCUUCAUCAUCCCCCACGCCUGCAAAUGGUAGAGAGACUCUUGCAGAAGUCUAGUUCUGAUUAUGAUUUCAGAAAAGACACUUUUGAGGAAUUUUUCAGCACUCCGUUAACCACUUCUAUCAAUACACCUACAGCAACAAGUACACCUUUUGAUUCUUGCAACAUUUCUCCUUCCGAGUCCUUUCGGAUUAGUAGGGAACUUAACCCAGAUGAAUAUUUUCUAGAGUAUUCAGCAGAUGCGAGCUAUUUGAAUGGUGAAAGCUCAAAAAAGUCCUGGACUAAAAGGCUUAAACGUUCUACACUUGGUCUUAAGUUGAAAGCUUCCAGGGCUUACAUCAAAUCUUUGUUUACCAAAACAGGUUGCUCAGAUGAGUCCUGUGCAGUAGCUGCAAAGAUUGCAGAUGAAGGAUCAGCUUCAAAAGCCAAUGAAUGUUCAAAAAAGGGCGCCAAAGUGGAAAAGAGAAAGCCCUUUGGACCAAUUUCAAGCUCCAUCUCCAAUUCCAACAAAGACAAAGGCAAUACGGAAAGCAGCAGUAGCAAUAGAAGAUCAUUCUCAUUGGUCAUUAAGAGGCAACCAAACAUCAAACCAUCUUCUGCAUCAUUAAAUCCCACUUCCUCUUCAUGUCCAAACAAUUCGAGCGGGUAUUACCUGAAGAGAUGUGGCAGUGUGAAUUCAGAGAUUGAGAACUCAAUUCAGGGAGCAAUUGCACACUGCAAGCAGUCUCAAUCUCAGCAACCAUUGCGUUCAAGGAAGACAGUUAGUGAAGUUGGAAUUUACUUAUUAUCAUCCUCCAGCCUUACAGUUUCUGAUGAUCAGGAAAAACCAGAACUUUGCAGGGGCUGAUAAAGACUGAUAGAGAACAAGAAAGUACAGACAUAAUAUAUCAAUGACAUCUUCUUCUUCUUACAAGAGUCCUAUCUUGGGUAUGCUAUAAGUCAACGCAAAAUGUUGUUCAUGGCUAUCUGUAAUUUGUACUGUCGAGUACAAUAUGUAGAACUGUGUGAAAAUGCAACAUAAUGUCAGUCUUAACCAAUUUCAGCAACUAUUUCCGAUCUUUUCAUUAGAUAAAUCCAAAUCUCCAAUAAAUAAGGACCAAAGACGUCCUUCUAUGUAAUCAACCAAAUCCAUAAAGCUGGUUAUACAUUGAAGAAAGCCCCUGCUUAUCGCACUCAUGAGGGUAAAAAUUUCCAUUGUGUAGGAAACCAUCAUUGGUUUGGGGAGGCUUUCAUGUUAGGUUUCGUAAAUUAGGUAAUGUGCUUGAAAUUGUGAAGUCUAGAAUUGGAAUGCCUGCACUUAGAAUAUACACAGGCUUAGUUCUCAUAAAUCCAGAUCACCGAAGAAAAUCCUACAUUAUUCAUUCUCGUGCAAUGUAAUGUAGAAUCUCAUGCACUCUCCAUUAAUCUAGCUCAAAUCCACACAACAAAUUGACCUGAAAACUUCCUUAUUCUCUAGAUAUCGCCCAGUAAAAAGUCAUUCGCGAAUUCGACUGAAUCAAUUCAUCGAGUAUUCAAUUAGUCAGGCGCAAACUACACUAUCCAGAAACUAACCUAGAAGACGGCAAUGCAUGCUACUUUCUUCUCGAUCAACAGACGGUAAAGUGGAGUCUCGAAAUUCAAAUAAUAGGCAAAAUCAUCAUGUUUUCUAAAGAAAAUCUUUCGAUAAUCGAUAAGUUUACAGUUCUCUAAUCAUAGAAAAAGAAACAAUCAGGACUCCGAACAACUAGUUAUCUGCCUCCCAAAAUUAGAGCAACAACGAUACGCUUUGAGAAAUUGAAUAUGGAAAAAGGAAAAGAAAAGACUAACCUGAAGCAAGCGCCGUGUUCACAGCCAUGAAA